AUGACAGUUGAGGCUGGGGUACAGUACCACAGAGACCGGCAACUUUCCAGGUUCCUAGGAAGAAAGGGAACGGAAAAAGGCACUUCCGGCCGAGCCGGAGGGACGCUUUCCCGAGAGCCCGCGGCAGGUGGUGUUCCCGUGCUGUCGGCGUCGGCGCCGCGCGGGCUGAGCCGGUCGCGGCGGAGCGGGGUUCGGGGGCCAGGGGGUGAGACCAGAACUGAGAAGGAAGAAUUAACUCCAAAGGAACCUAUUUCUAAAGAAACAGAGCCCCACAGACCGGCCUUGGGAGGACUGCCAGGGAAUGCUCCCCAGCAUCUUGACUUUGGGAGCAGUCUAGAGCAGCCCCAUAGUCACUGGAUAGUUAAGAAGACAAAGAGGAGAGAUUUCACAUAUGGGUUAGCUGGGCAUCAUGAGGCCUCUGCUGUUGAGAGUGAAGAAAAGUAUAAGAAAUUAGGAAAAAAUGUUAGUGUCGGCAUACGACUCACUACAGAUCAGAUAAUUCCUAGUGGUCAGAUAACUUAUGAAUGUGGAAAAUGUGACAGAUAUUUCAGUCGAAUGGUGGACUUCCACCAACAUCAGAGAUGUCACACUGGUGAAAAAUCUUUUGAAUGCAAAGAAUGUGGAAAAGACUUUAGAUAUAACUCAUUACUUAUUCGGCAUCAGAUAAUUCACACCGGAAAGAAACCAUUUAAACGUAAAGAAUGUGGGAAAGGUUUAAGUUCAGACACAGCCUUGAUUCAGCACCAGAGAAUCCACACUGGAGAAAAGCCUUAUGAGUGUAAGGACUGUGGCAAGGCCUUCAGUAGCAGCUCAGUCUUCCUUCAGCACCAGAGGUUCCACACUGGAGAGAAACUCUAUGAAUGUAAUGACUGUUGGAAAACUUUCAGUUGUAGCUCAAGCUUCAUUGUCCAUCAGCGAAUGCACACUGGAGAGAAACCCUACAAGUGUAAAGAGUGUGGGAAACGGUUAAGGUCCAACACAGCCUUGACUCAGCAUCAGCGAAUUCACACUGGGGAGAAGCCCUUUGAAUGUAAGGAGUGUGGGAAGGCAUUCAAUCAGAAAAUAACCCUGGUUCAGCAUGAGCGAGUUCACACUGGUGAGAAACCGUAUGCGUGUAAGGUGUGUGGGAAAACCUUCAGCUGGUGUGGAAGAUUCAUUCUGCAUCAGAAACUGCACACUCAGAAGACACCUGUCCAGACAUAGGGCUAUUCACAGGCUCAUUGUGCCUUUCUUUGUGUUUCCCUGUUUUCUUGCUCUUUGUUAGUGUCCUCCUGUCCUUUCUGGACUGUGCUGACUCUUAACUCUACACCUUUGUUCCCAUGGCUCUGCAUAUGUGGAAUGGUCACUUCUCUACCUGUCCCAGUAGUAUGUUUAAUUCAGACUUUUCACUUCCAUCAUGAAACCUUCCUCAAAUUCACUGUCUGCCCAACAUAAACUCUCUUUAAAGUUAGGAGACAAAAAACAAAAAAAAAACACAAACCCCCAAAUUACAAACAUAAAAGGAAAUGUAAGUUUCUAGAUUGAAAGGAUACACUGAGUGCUCAGCAAGAUGGAUUGGGGGGAAACCUAUAUUAAAGAACAUCCCUGAAUUAUCAAAAUACCAAGUUUAUUUAUUUUUAAAUUUUUUGUUUGUUUUAUCAUUACACAAUGUAAACAUUUUUUGUGGCCUUUUACCAAAAUACCAAGUUUAAAGAAGAGAUCCUUAAAAGUUUCUAGAGAGAGAAAACAAAAGAUCGGAAGUAAGAAUGGCAUCAGAUUUCUCAACAGCAACCAUGAAAGUUAGAUGACAGUGGUGUAUGCUUUCAAAAUUAUGAGGGAAAAUGAUUUUCCCCCAGAACUCUAUAUACUCAGGUGUGAGUAUAGAAAAAGGCAUUUCAGACCAUUUAGAUUUGAAACUUUAUCUCCCAUGUAUCCUUCCUCACUAAAUAAGGGUUAAACCAGUAAAUUAAAAGAUAGAUAUGUGGAUACCCUAUUACAAUCUGUAUAUCAGAAGGCUCCUAAACUCAAAAACAGAGGGGCCCUGUCCGUCUGGAGCCAGACACAUCUUGGAGGCUUUUCUUAGCAGGGUGCAAGCUUUAAGAGACCUACCUCAGGUGCAGUGCCUAUCCAUCCUGCUUACUUUGCAGUUACUCUUCACUACUCAAUUGCAGUCUGUGCCUUUGCAAAAGUCCGUGUAUAUGCCCUUUGAGACAGAUGCAAGGCCCUAUAUGUCUUACAUUUAUCCAUCUCAUUGCUGUUCCAAGUGACCUCAAAGCAGGAAGUGUUU